AUGGCCUUUUUGGUCUCUUCACUCAUGGUGCUGGUGAUGCUCUCCAGUCCCAUCUACUCCAUCAGUUGUGACCUGGACUUAGCAAAGAACCUCAACUUGGGAAAUCUGGAGACCUUCAGAGUUCUGGAGCAAAUGGGGACAAUCUCUGAUCUUUCCUGUCUGGAGAACAGGACUAAUUUCCAUCUCCCCAAGGAAAAGCUGGAUGGCAAUCUGCUCCAGAAGGCCCAGGCCAUGGCCGUCCUGAAGGAGAUUCUCCAGCAGACCUUGCUCCUGUUCCUCACAGAGCAGUCUUCUAUUGCCUGGAACCAGACCCUCCUGGACCACCUGCGUGCUGGACUCUAUGGGCAGCAGCAAGAUCUGGACGCCUGCUUGGUGAAGGAACUGGAAGAGGAAGACUGGGCCCUAGGUGUUGAGGGUCCCAUGCUGGCUUUGAAGAGAUACUUCCUGGGAAUCCGUCUCUACCUGAAACAGAAGAAAUACACGGGCUGUGCCUGGAAGGUGGUGACAGUGGAAAUCAGGAGGUGCCUUCUCUUCACUAACAAACUUAUCAGAAAAUUCAGAAUGUAA